UUAUGCUUAAGCCACUCCUUGCCAUAUUUAUGAUCUCCAGUGCAUUGUCUAUUCCAUUGAAUCGAUCUGAUUUUCUGGAAAACGAUCAUGUUGAACUGAUGCCGUUAGAAAAAGAUGGAGAAUUGAAUGAUAAAUUCCGACAGGAAAUGAUAUUUUCCCACAAUCUCGACCCAUCAGAUAGCAAGCAAUUGUCGGAAAGUAUCAAGGAAAUGUUUAAAAAGACUGAUGUGAACGACGAUGGAUUUCUGACGGCGGGAGAGUUGAAGCAACAGAUCAGAAAAAACAUGGAAGAACAUCUGGAGAAAAGCAAGAAUGACUCGGAGAUUUUCUUUGAUAUUGUUGACACUAAUAAAGAUGGAUCGAUUGUCUGGGAAGAGUUCGAGCCACAUUUCAGCAAAAUGCAUGAGAAAGAUCAUAGCGAUUCAGAACUGAUGGAUGUACACACAGAAGAUCCACACCGUGUUGAUGAUGAGAAACGUAUGUUCAAUCGAUCAGAUAUCACUCGUGACGGAAGAUUAGACAGAAUGGAAUGGCAUAUCUUUUUGCACCCAGAAUACUCAGCACAGGGUCUCGUGGAAAUUGUAAAUGAUCUCAUGGGUGUAUAUGAUAAAAAUAACGACGAAGUUGUGAGUCAAGAUGACUUCGUGAACGGAAUUCCUGGAACCGUUGAUGAAUUGAAUCCAGAAUUUGAGAACAUGGAGAAAUUAGAAAAAGAAAGAAGGUUGCGCGAAUUUAAUGAAGAAAUCGACGAAAAUUCUGACGGAAAAGCAACUUUUCGAGAACUUUAUGAUUACGUUGAUCCACAGAACUUCCGACUUGCUUCGAAGGAAGUGAACGAUAUAAUGAUGCUGACCGAUGCCAACAAUGACGAGAAACUGUCGCUCGAAGAAUUGCUUGAAAGAGAUUGGCUCCUUGCUCGAUCUAGCUUGUUGUCGGCCCGGAGCAGCUUGCACGAUGAGAUGUAACUAUUUCUCUAUAGAUUUUUGUUUUCAACCGGUACAAAUAACAUGUUUGGCAGAAUGAAUUUAUAAUAAAAGUUGGAACUAU